AUGACUUCGGAUUAUGAUCUUUAUGUCAACAAAGGUUCCAAGGCUCUUAUUUCCGCCAUAAUAUUUCCUAUCCUCGCAUUUCUAGUUGCAGUCUUGAGGCUAUAUACACGGGUGAGAAUCAUCAGGAAUCCAGCACUUGAUGAUUUGUUUGCAAUCAUCGCUCUGCUAUUCUCGAUUUUUGCAUCGGUAUGUAUUGCUCUUCUCUUAGAAGUUCAAAAUGGAAUGGGAAGACACUUUAAAACUUUGCCCUACGAUAGCCGCAUGAGAUUCUACCAGUUCCUUUACGCCAACAUUCUUAUCUACAACUUCGGCCUUCUUUUUACUAAAAUUUCUAUUCUCUUCCAGUACCUUCGUAUAGCUACCAAUAAAAGGAUACGUCUUGUUUGCUAUGCAGUAAUGAUUUUUACCAGUGCCUAUGGUGCAACAGCUCUCAUAACAGGAAUUUUUCAUUGUUGGCCUAUUUCAAGAUUCUGGAACAGGAGAAUUGCCGGAAAAUGCGUCAAAAAUCCUAUAAUCUGGUUCCUUCAUGCUGGAUUAGAAAUUACAACUGAUAUAAUCUUACUGACGCUACCUAUGUUCAUACUUAAAGCAGCAUCUCUGCCAAAAAAGCAGAAGUUUGUUCUUUGCCUGACGCUAUCUCUCGGUGUAAUAAUUUCAGCUUUACGCUUAUACUCACUUUACCUUGUUUCCGUUUCCAAAGAUAUCACGUGGGACAUUACAAACAUGACUGUCUGGUCCAUCAUUGAGUUAAAUGUCGGCAUUAUUUGCUUAUGCGUAUCGACUCUUAGACCUCUAAUAUCGCGACUUCAAUCACUUUUCUGUCGUAAAAAAGUCCCUGACUCAGAUAUCCGACGAACUAGUGUCAUAGUUACACAUGGAAGUGAGGCUGAUAUUGGCCCCUAUACUAAUGGAUACAAGGGAAGGCCAAGCGAGAGCCAGGGGAGUGCAACUAAUUCUGGGCCAGAAGCAUCUGACAAAAAAGAACUUGUCUUAAAUCCACUGCCAAAUUAUCCAGCUUUGGUUUAUGUCAGUACCAGAGAGCAGUGCUGA